AUGCCGUGGAACGUACUGCCGGGCACCAAGCAAGAAUCAAGCAACUGUGUGGUCCCUGUGUCCGCCAUUUACACUCCGAUCAAGCAUUUCCCAAACAUGCCGGUUCUCCCCUAUUUUCCCCUACGCUGCCGCACCUGCCGCUCUGCCCUCAAUCCAUUCUGCACCGUUGAUUUCUCUGCCAAGAUCUGGAUCUGCCCCUUCUGCUUUCAACGGAACCAUUUCCCCCCUCACUACGCCUCCAUCUCCGCCGACAACCUUCCCGCCGAACUCUUCUCUCAGUGUACGACCAUCGAGUAUGAAGACCCUCAGAUGAUCUCUUCCUCUUCUCCGUCACCGAUGAUAUUCAUGUUCGUGGUGGACACCUGUAUAAUCGAGGAGGAGAUGGGCUUCCUCAAGUCGUCCCUGUCCCAGGCCAUCGAACUCCUCCCUGAUAACUCCCUGGUGGGUCUGAUCACCUUUGGUACUCUUGUCCACGUUCACGAGCUCGGCUUUGGUGAAAUUCCUAAGACCUACGUUUUCAAGGGCUCCAAGGACAUCUCCAAGGACCAGCUUCUCGAGCAGAUGGGCUUCUUUCUCAAGAAGCCCAAGCCCCUUACCGGUGUCAUUGCCGGCUCCAAGGAUGGCCUUUCUUCGGAUAGCAUUUCCCGCUUCCUCUUGCCUGCCUCCCAAUGCGAAUUUACGCUCAAUUCUGUGUUGGAGGAGCUGCAGAAAGAUCCUUGGCAGGUUCCUCCCGAUCAGCGGGCUAGCAGGUGCACCAGCACUGCACUCAGUGUGGCUGCUUGUUUGUUAGGAGCUUGUGUUCCUGGUUCCGGUGCUAGAAUUUUGGCUUUCAUUGGUGGUCCAUCCACUGAAGGACUUGGUGCUAUUGUGUCAAAGAAUCUCUCUGAACCAAUUCGUUCGCACAAGGACCUUGAUAAGGACUCCGCUUCUCAUUAUCACAAAGCAGUCAAGUUCUACGAGGGACUUGCUAAGCAGCUUGUACAUCAAGGCCAUGUGCUUGAUCUGUUUGCUUGUGCCCUUGACCAGGUGGGGGUUGCUGAACUUAAAGUUGCAGUUGAAAGAACUGGUGGGUUUGUUGUGCUUGCAGAAAGCUUUGGCCAUUCAGUCUUUAAGGAUUCUUUCAGACGUGUUUUCCAGUUGGGUGAUCAUGAUCUUGGACUAUCAUCAAAUGGCAUAUUUGAGGUAAACUGCUCAAAGGAUAUCAAAGUUCAAGGCAUUAUUGGUCCUUGUGCAUCGCUUGAAAAGAGAGGUCCUUUGUGCUCUGACACAGUUGUAGGCCAGGGAAAUACAAGUGCAUGGAAGAUGUGUGGCCUGGACAAAGCUUCAACUUUAUGUCUAAUAUUUGACAUUGCGAAGAAGGACAGCCCAGAUGCUACUAUUCAACAACCCUCAAGCUAUCAAUUCUACUUCCAAUUUUUGACCUACUAUCAGCACAGCAGCGGUCAAAUGAGACUUCGUGUAACAACCCUCUCAAGAAGAUGGGUUGCUGGACCUGGAGGCACUCAGGCAAGCUCUGCUGUCCUCUUGUAUGUGAUGCAUUAUUGUAAUGGGCAUCUUGACCAUAGAAAUAUAUCUGUUGGUGCUUUAAAUCAUAUUCGAUAUUUGGUUUACUGUUUGCACUUUCCACAAAUCAAUAGAGACUUGAUUGCUGGAUUCGACCAAGAAGCAGCUGCUGUAGUUCUAGCACGCAUAGUAUCAUUCAAAAUGGAAAAUGAGGCUGAGUUUGAUCCCAUAAGAUGGCUAGACAAAGCUUUGAUACAUAUAUGUGCACGAUUUGGAGACUAUCAGAAGGAUAGUCCAUCUUCUUUCAGCAUAUCUUCGCGGCUUUCAAUAUUUCCUCAAUUUAUGUUUCAUUUACGACGUUCUCAGUUUGUCCAGGUCUUCAACAACAGCCCAGAUGAGACGGCAUACUUUAGAGUGAUACUGAAUCGUGAAAAUGUUGCCAAUUCAGUUGUGAUGAUACAGCCUUCAUUGAUAUCUUAUUCGUUUCAUUCAGUACCAGAACCAGCACUUCUUGAUGUGGCUGCCAUUGCAGCUGAUAGAAUUCUGCUUCUGGACUCUUAUUUCACUGUUGUCAUUUUUCAUGGGGCAACAAUAGCUCAAUGGCGGAAAGCUGGAUAUCACAAUCAACCUGAGCAUCAGGCAUUUGCCCAGCUGCUGCAAGCUCCUCGUAAUGAUGCAGAUGAAAUAAUCAAGGAAAGGUUUCCAGUUCCUCGCUUAGUUAUUUGUGAUCAGCAUGGUUCACAGGCUCGUUUUCUUCUGGCAAAAUUGAACCCUUCUGCUACAUACAACUCUGAUUCUCCUCUUCCCGGUGGAGAUGUCUUGUUUACAGAUGAUGUGAGCUUUGAGGUCUUCUUGGAUCAUCUUCAAAGACUAGCAUUAGUAUCACCACCACCUCCUGUUCCCAGGAAAAACAGAAAUCUUAGCUCUGCAAACUAUGCCAUGCCGCCGAUUCCAGCAAUCGUUCAGUCCACUUCUGAUCCCUAUCUGUCAUGUACAUCAUCAUCAUCCAAAGCCGCCCGGCAUCUACUUCCAUCCAACCGCUCCGCAUGCUCUGUUCGCUCCUCCAAGUCGUCCUACUGGCAAUCUUGGAGCAACAUCAGCAAACUGGGCAACUUUAUUCAGCUAGGAAGGAAGAGCAUCGAUUCGUCAUCCAGGCACUCCGACUUAACUGAGGAGAGUCUCGACGCCCAUAAUAGAAGACAAGAAGCCAUUAAUAUCGUCCACAAGAACGCAAAAUGCAGUCCCUAUUACAAGGGCCUCGUUGAUUAUUCCCUAAUCAUCAGCCGUGAGAGACAUCCUUUGCCAAUACCCCCAACCAGCCCUGGACGUGAAAGCCACGCCAGUGUCAUCACUUCCACUUCUCUUUCUUCUUUCGUCUUUAAGAUGCAAGAGUGGAGUUCUUGCUUUUCGUUCUCCUCUAAAUCCAACAACGUCAAGGGCAAGGAGAACAAUGCCCCUACUGCAGUACUUGCCGCCAGCAAAAGUCAUAUUAAACCUACGAAGCCAAGCCCUGCAGUUCCCAAUUAUUCUGCCUCCUCCCUCUCUGAUCUGCCAUCACCCAGGACGACCUUAGAGAAGGAGACGCCUAAUGUUAAUGCCUUACCGGUUGUUACUGAAGAGAAGCCAUUGAGGGAGAGAGUCUCAGAAUCAAAGCCACCUGCUGCAGCACCAUCUCAAACAGAUGAUGAUGAUCAUGACCUAUUGGACUGUCCAAAUACUCACGACGUGAUGAAUCUGAAUCUUGGCAGGAAGUUUAUGUGGGCAGACAAAUACCAGCCCCAAGCUUUGCAAGAUUUCAUCUGCAAUCGAGAUCAAGCCAUUAGGAUGCAGGGAAUGAUGAGGGACGUUGAUUGCAAUCAUUUCAUAUUUGAAGGACCUGCAGGCGUCGGAAAGAGAACCAUGAUUUCGGCUAUGCUUAAAGAAGCUUUUGGAGCAGAGAGAGUACAGACGAGGGAAGAACGCAAGGAAUUUAACUUGAAGGGGGAACAGAUUGGCAGAAUAAAAGUACGAGUGAAGGUGUCAUCUCAACAUGUAGAAGUCAAUCUCUCUGAUCUCAAAGGCUAUGAAAAGCAUGUUAUUGUUGAACUCAUCAAGGAAACACAUCAUAACAGGAUUAUUUCCAACCACCCUAUUCAUCCCAAAUCAAAUCAUGAUGACUGCCGAGUUUUGGAAUUCAUAGCUGCGCAAGAAAGCAUAGAAUUACCACGGUAUUUGGCAGAAAAGAUUGCUGACAACUCUAAGAACAAUCUUCGUCAAGCCAUCCGAUCAUUUGAAGCCUCCUGGCUCAGACGUUAUCCCUUCACAGAAGAUCAAGAAAUUUUGACUGGAUGGGAAGAUGAUAUUGCAAAUAUUGCCAAGGACAUGGUUGAAGAGCAAAGCCCGAAACAGCUGUAUAUCAUACGUGGGAAGCUUCAAAAUCUGAUAGAGCAUGAUGUAUCUCCUGAUUAUUUUUUCGAGUCCCUUGUUGGAGAACUGAAGAAGCAUUUGGAUGAGCCAUUUCAGCUCCAACUUGACGGUCUACAUAAGGACUAUAAUAGAAAUGAUGGAAACAAGUUAGAGAUCAGUGAGAAAGAACUGAUAUUUCUGCUCAGUCGGCAUGAGGAUGCUGGUAAAAGAUUUCAUGACCCGGCAAGGAAAAAUGCUGAUCACCUUUUUGUGAGGAUUGAAGAGUUUAUAGCAAAAUUUAUGAGCUUCUACAAGAUAUCAAUCACCAACAGCAAAAGCAAUAUUCAGCACGAUGCUGGACCAUGA